AUGAAUGUGAAGAAAAGUGAAGAAGUUUAUUUUCUUCUUAGACUUUAUCCACGUAUGAAGUAUCUUAAAGUGAAUUUUAUCUAUGAUAUUGAUCAUAAAUUAUUUGUUAGAAAUUUUUUAAGAACAAUAAACAGUCAUCGUCAUCAAUAUCUUCAAUCAUUAGAUUUUCAAAUACCAAAAAUAAAUGUUCAAAUAAUUAAUGAAUUAGAAGAAAUGAUCAAUCAUGAAAAAUUACUUCGUCAUUUUACAAUUAAGCAUAUACUUAAUUAUAUCCAUUUAGAAUGGAAAUUAAUAUAA